AUGAUUAUAACUUUGACAUUAAUACUACUUAUCAUAAAAUUUGUGAAAAAAUUGAGCAUCCAUACUUUUAGAAAACAAAUUGCAGUUACUGUUGUGGUAAUUAUAUAUUCAUUGCACCCUACAUUAACUAGAGUUAGUAGCAGUUUAUAUUUCUGUAUGCAAUUAGAUGAAGGUGAAUACUGGCUUUAAGCAGAUUUGGAAAUUAAAUGUUGGACAGGCCCGCAUCUUUCAUGGUGUUUGGGUCUUGGCUUAAUUUCAAUUUUAGUAUGGACAAUAGGAAGUCCAAUCUUAACUUUCAUUCAUAUUAGAAAAAACAGACAGAAAUUAUAAACAGAUGAAUUCUUUGGAAAAUAUAGGAUGCUAUACUAAGGAUUGAAGAAAGAAUGCUACUAUUGGGAAUUUGCAAAUAUUUUAAGGAAAACUUUUCUAGUAUGCAUUAAUGUCUUCCUAAAUUUGUAUUCAAACACAUUCAAAGCCUUAUUGAGUUUGAUAGUUUUAACAGGAUUCAAGAGAAUUCAAAAAAAUCUAAAACCCUAUAAAAAUCCUUUGUUCAAUAAUUUAGAAGAAAGGGAGAUGAUGAUUCAAAUAAUAACAUUCUUCGGCGCUUUAUUCUUUAUAAGUGAUGAAAUAUCAGAUAGUAUUUAGCUUGUUGUAUUCAUAAUCAUAGUCCUUGCUAAUGGAUGGUUUAUUGCUCUAUGCAUUUAUUGCAUUGUUACUAAUGUUAAGUACCACUUUUUCUAAAGAGUAUCUUAGAUAUUGGCUCCUUUCGUUUUAUCUAAAAUCUUACAAGAAGAUGAAGAAAUUUAUAGAUAAAGUACAAGAGGCGAUUAAAGUUUUUAAGAAAUUGAUUUUAAUAAAAACAAAAACAAAUAAGCUGAUAACUAUACUUCAAGUGUUUUAGAUUCAAGGGCAUACAGCUAAUGUUCCAAUUAAAAAUCCUAGAAAAUGAGAUAGUGUAAAGCUAGAGCAAAUUCAAUAUACUAUAAUAAUGAAUAGAAGAUCAAUAUCAGUGCAAAAGUUAGAAAAACAAUUUUUACGAAAUCUAAUUCUCAUUUAUAUGAAGAUACAAGUAUUUUCAAGACUGAUAAAUCUACCAUUGCAAAAAGAAACUCGAAAAAUAUUUAGAAAUUUGGCAAAUCAUAAAAGCCUGAAAAUUCUCUACAAAUUAAAAAAUUAUAAACUACUGAUAAAAGUAGCAUUACUGCAACAUUAAUGCUUGGAAAUGAAAGUGUAUAGUCAGAAUCUGCUAGAAAACAUUUAUAAGAAAACAAAAAAAUGAAUAGUUUUAUAAGUGUUCAAAGUAAUUUAAAGUCAAUAAUGAAAAAGGUAAAUAGCCCUUCUAAAAAAACUCUUCUUUAAUUACAACAUAAUAAUGAUACGCUAGAAGAUGAGAAAAAAUAUUAAGAUUAAUAUCUCUAAAAGGAAUCAAAAAAGGAGAAUAAUUGUAAAAAAAUCAUAAUCAGUGAUAAUUAAGUAAAGAAGUAAAUAGAUAAAAAUAAAUAUAAAUCUUCAAUGAGCUAAUAAGAAGUCCUUAGGCAAUAGAAUUACGAAAAAGUUAAGGAAAUAUCGAAAUCGAUUGGUUGCACAUCAGAUCAUGCUUAAGUAAAUAGCUUUAUGAUACAUCUAUUCAAGUCUUAAUAAGAGGAAAAUAAGAGUGAGGAUGAAAAUUUGAAAACUGAUGAUGCUUAAUUUGUUGACAUGAAGCUGAAUCAUGGGCUAAAAAGAACAAUUCCAGUAUAGAUAGAUAUUAUUGAUUAGGAGAAAUUUUAGAAUGAUGAGAUUUUUUCUGAUAAAUCAUGA